GCGGCGCGGCGAGCGGCGUUUCGCGUGGAUUUUCUGUUCCGCCGGGGGGGUUUGCCCGUGGACGCUAUGUGUUCGCGCUUGCUACUCAAAUCGCGCGUAGAAAGCAGACUAGCUCAUGCAUGAAAGGUGUAGAAAGUCGUCUCUGGACGAACGCUGUCUUCUAAUUUCCUUAACUUUCGUACGCUAGGCUUUAUUGAACUCCGGCGGCCGGCUAUAGGUUAGAUAUGCGGCGCUUCGUAGCAUCCCUUUUUCCUCUCCUCGUUCUGCUGCUCCGUUUUUGCGAUCCCGUGCUCAGUCUAGGCGAAGUCAUCUACGCGAUCAACGCCGGCGGCGAAGAACAUGUGGACAUCCACGGCAUCAGGUACAAACGCGAUCCGCUGUUCGGAAAAGUCGGCACGGCCUCCGAUUACGGCAAGCUUCUAGUCAUCGGUCGGGCCCCCAGGCCGGACCACAUCCUGUACCAGACCGAGCGUUAUCACACGGCCACUUUCGGCUACGACAUCCCCGUCAACAAGGACGGCGACUACGUCCUGGUGCUAAAGUUCUGCGAGGUGUACUUCGAUUCUCCGGGCCGAAAGGUCUUCGACGUAGUCUUAAAUGGCCAGCACACUGUGGUGGCCGACUUGGACAUCCAUGCCAGGGUAGGACGAGGGGUCGCUCACGAUGAGUACAUUGCAUUCAGCAUCAAAGGCAACAAGCUGCGUAUCAAUGAUGAGGAGUCUACCCAUGAUGGAAAGAUCAAGGUUGAAUUUAUCAAGGGCUACCGGGAUAACCCAAAAGUUAAUGCCAUCUAUGUGAUGAGGGGGACACUUGAUGAUGUACCCGAGAUGCCCCCCUUGCAAGAGUUCGAAGAGGAGGAAGAGGAAGAAGAGGAGGAGGUGCCUACAAGGCACGCUUCCGGUGACUCCGCUACUCCUGGAUCUCAGCACCAGCCACGCAGGCCCUCGGGACCUCGCAGUCCAAACCCCUACACGGGAGACGACAGCAGUGCCCUCCUGCCCAUCUUCGUCGCCAUCGGAGCCUUCAUCCCACUGCUGUUCUGCCUCUGCAAACUUUGAGUGUGCCCUAUGUGUUGUGUGGGCCGUGUUGUUCCCACUUUCUUUGAGAGGUGAUGGGGAAAGGGAGAUUGGGGCUGUCGGGUGGGCUUGUGAUUUGGGGAGGGACACAUUUUUGUGUUAUCCUUAGACUGCAGUUGAAGCUUUUGCCUUUGCAUUCACAUCUGCGGCUUGGUCUCGUUUUGCACAUGGCCAAAAGUGGGGUGAGCCGCCGAAAGCACUAGCAUCGGCCUGUGCUGCAGUUUGAGGCUCAAAAGGAUCCGCGGUCUCAUUGUGUGGUUGCGUGCGUUGGCAGUCGCACUGAUGCAAGCACUUUCGCGAAGCAACAGUGUCACAGCGCUUCAUUUUGAAGUCCAGGAACGAGGAAGUCGGUGGGAUGUCUCAGUGCACCGUUGUUGUCUUACCACUUCCACUGCCGCACCUGUGAACACGUGGGUCACGUGCGUGAAUUGCACCGACUAGCAGCAUCGGCUAUGAUAGCGGCGAGAUGGUAACGAUGCGCUGAAACAUUCUAGUCGAAGAGUCGGGUGUUGACAGUGACCUGACCCUCCUGGUCUGUAGUUUGAAAGUGUCAUAAUUUUUUUGCUCUACACGUGGCGUGGAAUAGUACUUUGGCACGUUGUGUUCCAUUCCAUUCAUCAUCCGACGUACGGUUUGGCUCCGGUGGGAAUCUGCGAGCCGCGCUUGUGCUCUUAGUCUGCAUUUGUGGCCGGGGUUGUUGCGUUGUGAUUGUGGCCUGUGGUGUGGUUUGUGCAAGUGGUUGAGACCACUCCCCCCACACCCUUUUUUUUUUCUUGUGUGAUUGUGUGUGCAUGUAGCUGGGCUAGGUAGCAGAAAAAGCAAUUUUCUCAACACAGAGUAGUUAUGCAUUCGGCAUGGUUGGUUUACAAGAAAAAUAGUUUUGUUUAUUCUUCUGCUAACUAAACUGAGUGGCGGCAUGAUAAGUGUAGGCCAUUUGUGUCAUUGUGCUGUACAGGAUGCGUUAUCUAUCAGUGCAUUUUCUCACUCGACGUUUCUACAUCGACGAUUGCAUUGUACAGGUCCAUUUCCCAAAGGGGCACUUUUUGAGGCACGACGUCACAGCAUUUCCUUCCCUCGCAAAAUGAUAGCAUGUAACUUAGCCUUGAAAGAUCAAGUGUCUCAGUUUGCACGUUGAACCAAACACCUUUGAUAGCGGGGUCAUAAUCAGAAUAGUAAUGUAAGAAAUGGCAUUUACUGGCAGUUGUCCGUCUCGGUAGCAUAUUUUCUCUGCUGCAAACGCGUACUUUGUGCAUCCCGAGAACAGUGAAGUGCAGACUAAGUUUACAUUAGAGAAAAAGGUGCACCGCGGAAGUAAGAUCUUAAACCAUUGCUUUUUGACGAACCGCAAAUCUGCAACACGCCAUUCCUCAGAGCAGAGUGUGGCACCCUUUUUCAUUAAUGCUAUUUUGUGAAAAGAACUUGCGAAACUUUUGCCCUGUGCCAAAGGGCGAAACAUGUGAGAGGGUUAGCAUUUUGACUUAGGCCAACUGUUUGCACGCGCAGGCUGAAUGCAGCCCUAGGAGAUUGCCUCUACCAAUGAAAUUGCUUAUUGCUACAACAAAGCCCCGUGUGAUGCAUGAUAUGUGAGACAAGUUUACCUUACAAGCAGGCCAGAGAAUCACUUUGCAAGCGAACUGACAUGCAGACAUUUUGCACAGUAUUGAAAAAAUCAUCUGUUUCUUUGUGUGCAUGUGUUUUUUGUUUUUGUUUUUUUUCUUCGUAGGUUGGUGAGAGGGUGAAGUUUUGCUUUGUUGUGAAAGGAGUGAAGGCUUUGUUUUUCAAGGUUGCUUCCCUCAACUGCUUUCUUGUUGUUUCAUUUUGAAGAUGAUGCGCUUGUUGUUCUUCUGAAUCUUUUCUACCUUCCUUUCUUUUUUUUUUUUUCGUGCAGGACUUUUCCUUUUGUUAAAUUGUUGCUUAGCUUAUUUUCUCCGGUGCGGGAUUAUGAAAUGUACAUCUGCUUGUUGCUGCUUCAAAGGACCGCCGGUUUUUUGCUGCCGUGUUCGCCGAAGUGGACGUGACCCGAGUUUUCCGUUCCAGGAAAGCUGAAAUGCGCUUGUUUUCACCUUCUUUGUUAUUUCAUCGGCAUGACUUUUCCUAACUGUGAAUGAUACAUUGCAUAAUUGAGAUGCUUUAAGGGAGAGGGGCACAUAGGAAUUUAUAUUAUAUGUACACAUCACAUACAUAUGUAUGUUCUACAUUAAAAGCUUUUGCAUCCAAA